CGUAAGCGGCCGGGAGCGCCUGGCGCGCCUCUCUGACUGCCCACCCCUCCCUCGGGUAAGAGGCGAAGCGUGGGAACGGGAUGGGGGAGACGGAGCCGGAGGGAGCGCGGUGGCGGCUGCAAGGAGCGCACUGAGCUGGCACCAGGGAACCGCCACCCACUCGCUCAUUCACACGGACGGGAAGCGGAACUCUUCCCCCGGUCCCAAUCUUUCCCUUUGGACUGGUAUCUUCUGGAGGGUCCGGCAGCAUGAAGCGGACACACCCGGACUACAGCUCCUCCGACAGCGAGCUGGACGAACCCAUCGAAGUGGAGAAGGAGAGCGCGGACGAGAACGGAAAUUUGAGCUCAGCUCCAGGUUCAAUGUCACCAAACACCACUUCCCAGAUCUUGGCAAGAAAAAGACGUAGAGGCAUUAUUGAGAAGCGUCGCCGUGAUCGGAUCAACAAUAGCCUAUCUGAGUUAAGGAGGCUGGUGCCUAGUGCUUUUGAAAAGCAGGGCUCAGCCAAAUUGGAGAAAGCUGAAAUCUUGCAGAUGACAGUAGAUCAUCUGAAAAUGUUGCACACAGCAGGAGGGAAAGGCUAUUUUGACGCCCAUGCUCUUGCGAUGGACUACCGGAGCCUAGGUUUUCGUGAGUGCUUGGCUGAAGUAGCCCGCUAUCUUAGCAUUAUAGAGGGGCUGGACAGCUCUGAUCCUCUUCGUGUCCGCCUUGUGUCUCACCUGAAUAAUUAUGCCUCUCAGCGGGAAGCAGCCAAUACCUCACACAGUGGUCUUGGACAGAUUCCUUGGGGCGGUGCUUUUGGACAUCACCCUCACAUCUCCCAUCCUUUAUUGCUGCCUCAGAAUGGGCGUACCACUUCAAAUGGUGCAGCGGCUUCUUCAGAAGGCCAUCACCAGAGCAGAAAUGUGCCUCCCCAUGCUGAGUCCUCUUCCUUGAGACUGCCCCCUAACGGCGCCAUCGGACCGGUGCUCCCUGUGGUCACUUCUGCUUCUAAACUCUCCCCUCCCUUGCUUUCUUCCAUGGCCUCCUUAUCUGCAUUCCCCUUUUCCUUUGGUUCGUUCCACCUAUUGUCUCCUAAUGCUCUCAGCCCACCUGCCUCAGCACAGUCAGCCAGUCUGGGCAAACCCUACAGACCAUGGGGGACUGAGAUUGGAGCCUUUUAAGAACCAGAGUUAUGUAUGUGUGUAUGGGACUGUAAAUAUCUAUCUGAACUGUGGAGCUUCCAACUUCAGUUUGAACACUUUUAACAGUUUGGUGUAAAAGGUACAGUUUCAGUUUUAACAGGAUAUAUACAAAAAGAGUUUCUCUUUUUCCCUUCCUCAUCAUUUAUUAGGGCAGACUGAAUGCAGAGGCUUAUCUAUAUCUUUGAAUUAUAAUAGAUAUUAAUUUUAAUGAAUUACGCUGACUACUGUAUGAUGUUAGUCAUGUUUUCAAAUGAUCCCAUUUGUCUGAAAACACUGGUUUAAAGCAACUAGGAUUUCUGUCUAUAUUAUAUAUUAUUUUUCUGUGUCAGGACUUCAACACACCUGUUGCUCUGCAUUGUUUGAUAGUAGUUCUGAGAUGUUUUUAAAACAAAAUAUUUUGUUAGUCACGUUCUAACUUCUAUAUUUCCGAACAAAACCAUUGACAAAUCAGAUGAAACCACUGUACUGAUUCCAAAAUACAUGUAUUGUUGGCUUGUUUUAUUUCUCAGUAUAACCCAUGCUUUGGGCUUUUUUGUGCUGAAUUAUUCUACUUUUCAUGGGAACAAACUAUUGCAAGGGUCACAAAAAGUUUAUAGAUUGAAGUUUUUAUUCUCUUCCCAUUUUCUGCUUCUGUAGUUAAGGCCAUUAAAUGAAUCAGAUUUGCUGCCUAACUUCAAAUAAUUUGUUUUCCAUUGUAUUUGGUGUGCCUUUUAUUCAGCGAUCUCAGUUGGAAUUAAGAUCACUAAUUUAAUUUGAAGCCAUCACAGUUGUUUUCCUAAUUUUUAUAAACAGAAUGUUUCUAACAUUAAAGGUUUUUUUUCAUUCUGGGUUUUUGAGAAAGAGACUUGCUGGUGCUGCAUUACCUAAGUCCUAUUUCCCAUUUAUGUAUGAAAAUAUCUUAAUGAGAUACUGCAAUUAACAUUGCUAGAUUCAGCCCAGCAAUUUAAUGGUUAAGAGAUGACCACUUCGUCAGUUAAGUGUGAAUAAUUUAGGUAGCAUCUUACUCCAUAUGAUUAUUUUUAACAUGUUGAUAAAGCAGGACAUGAGGUCAUUCCAGUAACUUUUUCCUGUUCUUCCCAAAUUCCUUUUGUUUCUCAUACCUUGAAGUCCUACUUAUGACUCCUAAAACCAAGAUGGUAUGAUGAACAGAUGAGAACUCAGUUACUUGGCUCCUGUCUCACUAGUGUAAAAAUAAAACAUAAUAUCUGUGUUACAGUACAUCAUAUACAGUCUUGGAUUUAACAAUGGGAACUAUGCAAGGAUACUAUCAUGUUGGGUUCUCUUCAACAUGCAAUUGAUCUCCCUUGGAAAGAAUAUAAGAAAAAAAUAAGGAUUUCCACUGACAAGUUAGUUCUGCUGGUGAUCAGAGGAAGUUGGAUACCACCAAUUGUAAAUUACAGAACAAAAAAGUUUGAGAGCACCCAUGGAAAUUUAGUCAUUCCUGGAAAAGAUAGGAUAUGGCAUAAGGUAUAAUUAGCAAGUUUUGAGAAAGUUUAAAGCUUUCCUUAAUCUCUCAGUAAUUCAGAACUGAAGCUUUAUUCGGCAGUGUUUCAGGACUUCCCAUGUUUAUAGUUUCUGGUUAUUUAUACAGUUGGUGCUCCAUAACAUCUUGAAUUUGAAAAUUUCAGCCCAUAACAAAAACUAUACAGGAAAAUGUGAUAUAUAUUCAUUUAAAAGUACAAGCAAAAUGAAUACUGUGAAUAAUUUAAAAGAGAUUAUUUGUUUAAAGCUGUAUAAUUUAUCUUUUUCACAUAACCAAAGCUUUUGCAUAAUAGAAUUUGAGAAUUUUACUAUGGGAUCCACAAAGCAGAUGAGCAUUAAUACCAUCAACAAAAAUGGUUACUCUAUACCGCAGAUACUUUUUUUCUAUACGAAAUGUAUUCACUAAACUUUGGAAAGGAGUUAAACAAAAUAAAACUGAGGGUACUGAUUUCCUCAGUUUGGAAAGGACUGUUGUAUAUAUUUUGGGCUGGUUUUAUAAGAAUCUAUUCUGUUCCUUAAAGAUGCUCAACAGAGUUUCACCCAGUUGGACUUGAAUACUUUUGUACUUGUGUUGUGCCUAAAUAAAAGAAUAAGAACAAACAA